AUGAUGAAUACAUUAAAUAUAUUUGUUUUUAUCAUCAAUUUAAUAUAUGUUCUUGUUUCUUGUGAUGCAACAUCCACUGCGAAACCUGAACAAUCUCUUAUUAUGCAUGGCCGUAUUACAUUUCUUCCUAAUUUCCAAAUCCCGACUGAAUCUGAUGCUAAAUUAACUGUUGAAUUACAAGAUACAUCACUUGCUGAUGCUUCAGCAAUAGUUAUUGCAAGAUCAAUUAGCAAAGCAGUUCAAUUUCCAAUAUCAUUUGCUAUUAAAUAUUCACCUUCACAAAUUUUAGAAGGACAUACAUAUUCACUUAGUGUGACUAUUAAAGAUAACAAGAACGAAUUGUUAUAUAUCAAUGAUGUAUAUAUUAGAGUAACACCGGUAGGUUCUAGUCGUACUAAACUCAUUGAUAUACCUGUUAAAAGUGUUAAACAAACAAAUCCUAUAUUAAACAAAAAUCAAUGGCCUGAAUUAAUCGGUAAAAAUGGUCAAGAAGCAGUGAAUAUAAUCAAAAAAGAAACAGGCUUUACAAAUGUUAUGAUAGUCAAAGAAGGAUCACCGGUUACAUUAGAUUAUCGUACGGAUCGUGUUCGUGUUUUUGUUAAUGAUGAAGGCAUUGUUACAAUUGUUCCAACAAUUGGUUAA